UUUAUAAAUACCCACUCCCACCACUACAUUUCUCACCACCACUCACUACCCAUGGAAUCUACAUCAUGGAUCAUCUACUUAUCAGCUCUCCUCGCAUCUAUAGCUCUCUUAAUCAAAGCCCUAACGGGUGGCUUCCAUCGCCGGAAUCUCAACCUUCCCCCCGGCCCAAAAGGCUGGCCUAUCAUCGGCAAUCUCAACCUCAUCGGCUCACUACCACACCGUUCCAUCCACGACCUAUCACAAAAAUACGGACCCUUAAUGCAACUCCAAUUCGGAUCAUUCCCAGUCAUCGUCGGAUCAUCGGUCGAGAUGGCAAAAAAGAUCUUGAAAACCCAAGAUCUCAAUUUCGUAGGCCGACCCAAGUUCGCAGCUGGCAAGUACACCACAUACAACUACUCAGACAUCACAUGGUCCCCUUACGGCGCCUACUGGCGCCAGGCUCGCAAGAUGUGUAUCAUGGAGCUUUUCAGCGCCAGACGGCUCGACUCGUACGAGUAUAUACGUGUGGAGGAGACACGUGCGCUCCUCCACAACCUUUUCACUGCAUCCGGGAAGGCUAUUACACUGAAAGACUAUCUAUCCACUGUCAGUCUCAAUGUCAUAAGCCGAAUGGUGUUGGGGAAGAAAUAUACAGAGGAAUCGGCGUCUGAGACGCCGAUUGUGACACCCGAGGAAUUCAAGAAGAUGCUUGAUGAGCUGUUCUUGCUCAGUGGGGUGCUGAAUAUCGGCGAUUCGAUACCGUGGCUUGGGUUCUUGGAUUUGCAAGGGUAUGUGAAGAGGAUGAAGGCUCUUAGCAAGAAGCUGGACCGGUUUCUGGAGCAUGUGAUCAACGAACAUAAUGAGAGGAGGGAUGGUGUGAAGGAUUAUGUGGCGAAAGAUAUGGUUGAUGUGCUUCUGCAGCUUGCUGAUGAUCCGGAUCUUGAAGUUAAGCUCGAUCGGAACGGUGUUAAGGCCUUUACACAGGAUUUGAUAGCAGGUGGGACUGAGAGCUCAGCAGUGACAGUCGAAUGGGCCAUAUCAGAGCUAUUGAAAAGACCCCAAUAUUUUGAAAAAGCAACUGAGGAACUAGAUCAAGUGAUAGGAAAAGAUCGAUGGGUGGAAGAGAAAGACAUCCCAAACCUACCUUACAUUGAAGCAAUCAUGAAAGAGACGAUGCGUAUGCACCCGGUGGCACCGAUGCUAGUCCCCCGCCAAUGUAGAGAGGAUUGCACCCUCAACGGCUACGAUAUCCCUGCAGGAACUCGAGUUCUAGUCAAUGUAUGGACCAUUGGGAGGGACCCCACGAUCUGGGACACCCCAAACGAGUUCCAACCAGAGCGAUUCAUUGGGCUGGCCAUUGACGUGAAGGGCCACGAUUUUGAGUUGUUGCCAUUUGGCUCAGGAAGGAGGAUGUGUCCAGGUUAUAGUCUUGGGCUUAAGGUAAUCCAGCUUACUUUGGCUAAUCUCUUGCAUGGGUUUCAAUGGAAGCUGCCGGGGAAAAUGAUGCCAGAGGAAUUGAAUAUGGAUGAGAUUUUCGGCCUAUCGACACCUAAGAAGGACCCACUUGUAGUCAUGGCUGAGCCUCGUCUUCUAGCUCAUGUGUACGGUUUAUGAAUGCUGAUAAAUGUCUUAGUUUAAGCUUGAAUUAUGUUUAUUUUUAGAUCAUAGAUGAGAAUAUGUUAAGUCAUCCACUUUGUUAUCAGAAUGUAUUUGUAUUUGUUGAGUGGUAA